AUGCCUUUAGUCCACCCCAGUGUGUCUGACUCCCAGUUCAUCCCAGCACCUCUUGAUAAGUUCUGUUGCCCCUUCAGUGACUCCCAGUCCAUCCUAGUGCCUCUCAGCCCACCCCAGUGCCUCCCAGCGGACGACUUCAUCCGAGCAAACGCCUGCAAUAAAUUGACCGUCAUUGCUGAGCAGAUCCGGUACUUGCAGGAGCAGGCUCGGAAGGUCUUGGAUGAAGCUAACAGAGAUGCUGAUCUGCACCAUGUGGCCUGCAACCUUGUGAAGAAGCCAGGAAACAUUUACUACAUGUACAGGCGGGAGAGUGGCCAGCGAUACUUCUCCAUCCUGUCUCCUAAGGAAUGGGGGACCAGUCCCCAUGAAUUUCUCGGUGCCUAUAAGCUCCAGCAUGACAUGUCCUGGACGCCAUUUGAGGACAUUGAGAGACGGGAUGCUGAAAUAAACAUCCUGGACAAGCUGCUGAGCCGGCAGGCAGCGCUGCCCCCAUGUACAGAGCCCAACUUCCAGGGCCUGACCAAGUGACACAAGUGACCAUACGGGACAUCUUGAGCAGAGUGCCAGCGUGAGGACACGCAGUCCCUGCAUGCUGCCAAAGGCAGGGCAAGGAAAGAGACCAAGAAACAAAAAUGCUGAUGCCGCCAGUACUUGCUCUGUGCUUUAAUGAGACUAAUUCUACAUUUGGUCUUACUGGAUUUUCUAGUAAUUGAGUAAUUUAUUUCUUUGACUUAUGCCAAGCUGUAGCAAGAGGCAGAUAAUAUCAGGUGGAGUCAAUUCCAAGAGAGCUUGGGGCAAAAAGCAAAAAUGCUUGGGGCAGAUGUGAUAAUGCUAUAAAAUACGUCCUACCUGUCUGGCUCUGGUGUACCUCACUGUGACUACCUGCGGCAGGUAAUGAUUUCAGGGCUGGAUUUUGCCCCUUGUUAA